AGCCCCAAACUCCGAGGCGGGAUCUUAUGGGGUUGUGGGGAUAUUAUCCCUUUAAGACGACAAUGUCUUGGCUGUGAUCGGAUGAUGGUGACCGCAAACACUCGAGAGUCGAGACCCUAUUUCGAGUUGUGGUGGUACCGGCGUGGCACGCGCCUUUUACAUUGUUUCACGACUUUGUUGGCUUCAGUGCCCUAUCUGAUGAUUCUGAUUCUCGACGCCGGAUUCCGGGGGUUGCAAGUCCCCACGAGCACUUUGCGACUUCGCCAAGACCGGUGCCGCCCGCCACACAGGCUCAAACUUGCUCAAACCCGAGCAUCUUGGGAAGAUGCCCAAUAUCCAUCACGGUACUCGUGGGGGCAACAAGGACGAAUGACCAUGGAUUUUGGCAAAGUUGAGCCAUUCGAAUUUGAAGAGGACUGCGCUCUUGCCCUUGGCAAUUGACGUCCACCAGCUCCUUCCGCUGCAAAUCUGUUCAGGGCAUCUCCACCACGACCAAACACUUCCGAAGCGUAUCCACAGCACUCCCCAGACAAGAGUCCCGAGGGAGCGGGUGAUGGCCAUAAGAGAUCUCUCCUCGCCACAUGACUUUGAGACAUGAGAUCGACGAACUUCUUCACGACCAGCGCCAUUCCCGCUGCCAGACUAUUGUACCGUACAGUACAGCUGGUCUCUGUCGGUCCCAAGCCGCUGUUCAGGUGAAGCAGUUGCC